UGCGAUUUUGUAGCAAUUCUAUUACUUUUUCCAUGCCUUUUGCCGCCAUCACUGAGCAGCCAUUGGUCGAAAAUGACCGGGCCGCGCCCAUUUUGUCUGUCAAUCACGCGACGUCAGGAACCCGCAAAAACUGUAAUCGUCAUCGUGACGUUGAGGCACUCAUUAUGCGGAGCAAAAGGCACGGAUUUUUGGAACGGCCAGAGGCAGGGUCGUUUCCGAAGGCAUGAAAAAAAUGGCCGCCCCUCUGAUCGCUAUGGCCGUGGCUCUUCGCCGUCGCCGACGUGAACAGGGAGAGCCAGACGACGCGUUUGACAUGCCGGAUGACCAUUUUCGACGGCGUUUUCGCCUCUCGAAGGGAACGGUGCGGUUGUUGUGCGAGGAACUGGCGGGGGAACUAGAAGCUGAGCGAGCGACGGGACUGUCGGUGGAGCGGAAAGUGUUGUGUGCGCUGCGCUUCUUUGCUACCGGGAGCUUCCAAGCGUCCGUUGGGAGCGAGGAGACGAUCCGUGUGUCGCAGUCGACGGUGAGCGAGUGCGUGCGACGUGUGGCAGAGGCUGUCGUGAACGCAGGGGCCCGCAACAAGUGGGUCCAUUUUCCAAAGACAGCCGAGGAAAAGGCAGCCGUGAAGGAGGGUUUCCUUCGGCGCGGCGUUAUCCCCGGCGUCAUCGGAUGCGUAGACGGCAGCCUCAUAGCCAUCAUCGCACCCAAGGGUGAGCGCAAGGCUGUGUUCAUGUGCCGCAAGGGAUACUACGCCCUCAACUGCAUGUUCAUCUGCGACGCGGACAUGAAAAUCUUGGCCUUGGACCCUAUGCGACCGGGGUCGGACCACGACGCUUUUGUCUGGCGGACGACAUGGUUGCGCCGGCGGUUCCAAGCGGGGCGCAUCGUGAAUGCCGGGGAAUACCUCCUCGGUGACAGUGGCUACCCCUUGGAGCCGUGGCUCCUUACCCCGGUUCCUGGCCAUCCUCCAGUGCACACAGCCGAGGGGCAGUACAACACAGCACAUGCCGCCAUGCGUUCCGUAGUGGAGAGGUGCAUUGGGCUCUUAAAGAGCCGUUUCCGCUGUCUUCAGCGAUAUCGCACCCUCCUCUACGAGCCGGAACGUGCAGCCAACAUUGUCGCGGCAUGUGCUGUGUUGCACAACCUUCGCCUUUCUGAAGGCGACGAGUCAGGCGAUGACAGUGAUGACGACAGCAGCAGCGGCAGUAGUAGUAGUGAGCUUGACAAUAACGGCGACCCCAUGCCACACAGUCUGCCCCGUAACACGGGCUCUAGAAUGCACUACUUGAGAGGGCGGGCUGUUCGCGACAAUGUCAUUGGCAUGUUUGGAACAACCCGUGCGCAGCACAUGCGUUAUUUGAGGAGCGUGCGGCGGCAGCUGCGACGUCAACAGCAGCGUCAGCAUCGUUAGGUGCAUGCACACAG